GUUUCCGUCCGCCAACGCCUCUUCUGAUUGGUGCAGACGUGCGGCGUGCGCGCUGACCUCACCAGGCCGCGUCGUUGCUAUAAAAACGUGGCUGGGUAGCGUGUGCGUCUCUUUCUCAGAUCUUGGAAGCUACGGCGCACGCGCCCAGCCAACAUGCCGGUGGCCCGGAGCUGGGUUUGUCGCAAGACCUACGUGACUCCUCGGAGGCCCUUCGAAAAGUCGCGCCUCGACCAAGAGCUGAAGCUGAUCGGCGAGUACGGGCUCCGGAACAAACGUGAGGUCUGGAGGGUCAAGUUCACCCUGGCCAAAAUCCGCAAGGCUGCCCGGGAGCUGCUGACGCUGGACGAGAAGGACCCGCGGCGCCUGUUUGAAGGCAAUGCCCUGCUGCGGCGACUGGUGCGCAUUGGAGUGCUGGAUGAGGGCAAGAUGAAGCUGGAUUACAUCCUGGGUCUGAAGAUCGAGGAUUUCUUGGAGAGGCGCCUGCAGACCCAGGUCUUCAAGCUGGGCUUGGCUAAGUCCAUCCACCAUGCCCGUGUGCUGAUCCGCCAGCGCCAUAUCAGUUUGCUGUCCUUACCUCCUAUGCAGCCCUCGGAGGUGACAAAGGUGCGAGCACACCUUGAGGGUACAGAUCGGCCCCUGCAGACAGCUCGUGGGUGUGGGGACAGCCUCGUCCCCUGCCCCAUAGCCCAGCGCAAGGGUCACUGCGGCCUGAGCCGUACACCUUGCGAAGGUUUCUCCAGGCUUGCAGGCAGCGGACAGGGUCCGAAAGCAGGUGGUGAACAUCCCGUCCUUCAUUGUCCGCCUGGAUUCCCAGAAGCACAUUGACUUCUCCCUGCGCUCUCCAUAUGGGGGUGGCCGCCCAGGCCGUGUGAAGAGGAAGAAUGCCAAGAAGGGCCAGGGUGGGGCUGGAGCAGGUGAUGACGAAGAGGAGGAUUGAGCCCACCCUUCAUCCCCUCCGGGCUGUGGAUUGUCUAGUUUCCCAGUCAGAUAAUAAAACAAUCCUUUGGAA